AGAGGAGAAGAGCGAGCAGCUUCUGGACACCAGGCAGGAGCUUGAAAACAUGGAAGUGGAGCUCAGGAAGCUUCAGCAAGAGAGCUACCAGCUGCUGUCGGACGCCCGGUCGGCUCGGGCCUACCGCGACGAGCUGGACGCGCUCAGAGAAAAGGCGAUACGAGUGGACAAGCUGGAGAGCGAGCUGAUCCGAUACAAGGAGAGGCUUCAUGACAUCGAGUUUUACAAAGCCAGAGUCGAGGAGCUCAAAGAGGACAACCAGAUUCUCCUGGAGACCAAGACGAUGCUGGAGGAGCAGCUGGAUGCCACCAGGACCCGAUCUGACAAGCUGCACCUCCUGGAGAAGGAGAAUCUGCAGCUCAAAUCCAAGAUCCACGACCUGGAGAUGGAGCGCGACUUGGACCGUAAGCGCAUGGAGGAGCUGCUGGAGGAGAACCUGGUGCUGGAGAUGGCCCAGAAGCAGAGCAUGGACGAGUCACUGCACCUCGGCUGGGAGCUGGAGCAGCUGUCCAAGACGCCAGAGAUGACCGAAGUCCCUCAGAAGUCUCUGGGCGAGGAGGUGAAUGAACUGACCUCCAGCCGCCUGCUGAAGCUGGAAAAAGACAACCAGACCCUGCUGAAGACGGUGGAGGAGCUCAGAGGAGCAGCGUCUCAGGACACCGUGGGGAAACUGUCCAAAAUCAACCAAGAAAACCAGAAACUAUCCCAGAAAUUGGAGCAGCUGGAGACUGAACUGACGGCAGACAGAGACUCGCUUCGCAGCGCCGAGUCGCUCAGCACCGACCUGAUGAAGGAGAAGGCUUUACUGGAGAAAACCCUGGAAACACUCAGAGAAAACUCAGAGAGACAGCUGAAGGGUCUGGAGCAAGAGAACAAGCACCUGAGUCAGACGGUUUCGUCCCUGCGUCAGCGCUGCCAGGUCGGUGCCGAGGCCCGGGUCAAGGAUGUGGAGAAAGAAAACCGCAUCCUCCACGAGUCCAUCUGCGAGACGACGGGCAAACUUAACAAGAUGGAGUUUGAGAGGAAACAGCUGCGCAAGGAGCUCGAAGUGAUGAAGGAGAAAGGCGAGAGAGCCGAGGAGUUGGAGAUUCUGAUGCAGAAGCUGGAGAGGGACAACGAGAGCCUGCAGAAGAAAGUUGCCAGCCUUGGGAUCACCUGUGAAAAGGUGUCGUCUUUGGAAAAGGAGAACACCGAGCUGGAGGCUGAGGGCCGCCGUCUGAAGAAGAAACUGGACGCCCUGAAGAACAUGGCCUUUCAGCUGGAGGCUCUGGAGAAGGAGAACUCCCAGCUGGAGCACGAGAACCUGGAGCUCCGGCGCUCGGCUGAGAACCUCCGGUUGGCGGGGGCGAAGGCCGCCCAGCUGGAUGCCGAGAACAGGGAGCUGGAGAGCGAGAGGAGCCAGCUGAAGCGCAGCCUGGAGCUGCUCAAAGCCUCGUCUAAGAAGACUGAGAGAUUAGAGGUGAGCUACCAGGGCCUAGAUACAGAGAACCAGCGUCUGCAGAAGGCGUUAGAGAACAGCAGCAAGAAGAUCCAGCAGCUGGAGGCCGAGCUGCAGGAGGUGGAGACGGAGAAUCAGACCCUCCAACGGAACCUGGAGGAGCUCAAGAUCUCCAGUAAACGCCUGGAGCAGCUGGAGCAGGAGAACAAGACUCUGGAGCAGGAAAGCUCCCAGCUGGAGAAAGACAAGAAGCUUCUGGAGAAGGAGAACAAGCGUCUGAGGCAGCAGGCCGAGAUCCGUGACUCCAAGCUGGACGACAGCAACCAGCGGAUCUCCAGCUUGGAGAAAGAGAACCGCACCAUGGGCAAGGAGAUGAUCUUCUUCAGGGACUCCUGCACCAGAGUCAAAGACCUGGAGAGAGAGAACAAGGAGCUGGUCAAGCAGUCCAGCAUCGAUAAGAAGACGCUGAUUACACUCAGAGAGGAGCUCGUUAGUGAGAAGCUGCGGACUCAGCAGAUGAACAAUGAUCUGGAGAAACUGACCCACGAGUUGGAGAAGAUCGGACUGAACAAAGAGCGACUCCUGCAUGACGAGAGCUCGGACGACAGGUUUAAGCUGCUGGAAACCAAACUGGAGUCGACUCUGAAAUCAUCGUUGGAGAUUAAGGAGGAGAAGAUCGCGGCUCUGGAGGCCAGACUGCAGGAAUCCUCCAACCUCAACCAGCAGCUUCGCCAGGAGCUGAAGACGGUGAAGAAAAACUACGAGGCGCUACGUCAGAGAGAGGAGGAGGAGAGGAUGGUGCAGAGCUCCCCACCUCGAGGAGGGGAGGACCCCCAGGCUGUCAGCAAAUGGGAGAAGGAGAGUCAUGAAGCAACACGGGAGCUGCUGAAAGUCAAAGACAGGCUCAUCGAGGUGGAGAGGAACAAUGCCACGCUGCAGGCUGAGAAGGUGGCCCUGAGGAGCCAGCUCAAACAACUGGAGACUCAAAGCUCCAACCUGCAGGCUCAGAUAGUGGCCCUGCAGAGACAGACCGCCUCCUUACAGGAGAACAACACGACGCUGCAGACGCAGAACGCCAAGCUGCAGGUGGAGAACUCCACCCUGAGCUCGCAGAGCGCCUCCCUCAUGGCCCAGAACGCCCAGCUGCAGAGCCAGCAGAGCAGCGUGGAGGGAGAGCGCGAAGGAGCGCUGAAGGAGAAGGAGGAGCUGAGAGCCACGUACGAGCUGCUGCUGCGCGAUCACGAGAAGCUGGCGGCGCUCCACGAGAGGCAGGCGGUCGAGUACGAGGCGCUGAUCGGGAAGCACGGCGGCCUGAAGACCUCCCACAAGAGCCUGGAGCAGCAGCACAGGGACCUGGAGGACAAAUACAAGCAGCUCCUGCAGAGGAAGGGUGAGCUGGAGGAGCUGGAGAAAAACCUGAAGGAGCAGCAGGAAAAGAUGGCGCUGGAGAACCAAACCCACCAGGCCACAGCUGACCAGUGCAAACAGCUCAAAGAGGAAAAUGAUCGGCUGAACAACACCUACCGCCAGCUGGUGAAGGACAACGAAAGUCUCCAGGUGGACCACAAGAACAUAAAGACCCAGCUGAACAGCGCCAAACUGGACCAGACCAAGCUGGAGGCCGAGUUCUCUAAACUGAAGGAGCAGUACCAGCAGCUGGACAUCGCCUCCACCAAGCUCACCAACCAGUGUGAGCUGUUGAGCCAGCUGAAGGGAAACUUGGAGGAGGAGAAUCGUCACCUGCUGGACCAAAUCCAGACUCUGAUGCUGCAGAACCGCACGUUGCUGGAGCAGACCAUGGAGAGCAAGGACCUGUUCCACGUAGAGCAACGACAAUACAUAGACAAGCUGAAUGAGCUGAGGAGACAGAAGGAGAAGCUGGAAGAGAAGAUCAUGGACCAGUACAAGUUCUACGACCCGUCACCUCCACGCAGGCGUGGCAACUGGAUCACUCUGAAGAUGAGGAAGCUGAUCAAGCCCAAAAGCCGGGAGAGGAUGCGUUCGCUCACGCUGACUCCGUCUCGUUCGGAGUUGGGCGACGGCUUCCUGGCGUUUCCUCCUGACAGCCAGGACAGCUCGUCCAUCGGCUCCGGCUCCAACUCGCUGGACGACACGCUCUCACACAAGAGGAGCAGCACUAUAAAAAGGUUGCCUUUCAUGAGGAACAGAUCCAAGGACAAAGACAAGGCCAAGGCCAUCUACCGGCGCUCCAUGUCCAUGAAUGACCUGCUGCAGAGCAUGGCGGUGGCCGGCGGUCCCGGGGCUCAGUGGGCCGGCAGCACCGAGAAUCUAGACGGAGCCGAAGCCGGAGACGCCGGCAUGACGGGCAGCAGCCGACGCAGCGGGCAGCGCAUGAAGGAGCUCGCCUUUUCCACCAACGCCAUCGACUGUGCCGCCCUCACUCUGCCCAGUGCCGGGCACAGCAGGGCCAAACUCCGGCUGCAGGUCAAAGACAAUGUCUCCUGUGAGGACGUUGCCGGCUCCUCAGAUGACCCCAAGAGUCACGGCACGUUGAACGGCAGCCUCAGCAGGCCGCACAGCGAGAGCAGCGGCGAGUUCAGCCUGAGUCUGGACCAGGAGGUGUGGUCGAGCAGCGGAAGCAGCCCCGUCCAGCAGCCCACCUCCUCCCGGUCCUCCCACCAGAGCCCCCUGCAGCUGCGCAGGUCCCUCGACCCGUCCAGCGCCGCCGGCAGCCCCGGACAGACCCAGAUCAGGAAGACAGGAUCCCCAGGCAGCGAGGUGCUUUCCCUUCAGCAGUUCUUGGAUGAGGGUAUUGACCCUGCAGAGUCUGGCAGUCAGGAGAACCUCACUGUAGACUCUCCUCGCCUCUCCACCUCCUCUGACCAUGUGCCGAAGGAACGCACUUCCACCAAGGGUCGAGGCAUAUUGCGCUCAUCCAGUGGGAGAGCAGCACCAGUCAGCAGUGACCGGCCACCGAGAUCCUCAGGUCAACCAGGGCGCCCAACCCUCCGAAAGGCCGAAAGCACCCGCGUGAAAGGCUCCGCCCCGAUCCGCUCCAGCCUGUCCUCGCAGGGCAAAGCGACGUCCGUCUCUGAGCGGCUGGACUCGGCCUCCUCCACGCUGCCCCGGGCCAGCAGCGUCAUCUCCACCGCCGAGGGCACCACGAGACGCACCAGCAUCCACGACAUGCUGUCCAAGGACAACCGGCAACCCGUGUCCGUCGACGCUUCUCCUCCCGUCGCUUCCACCAAGGCUGGGGUUCGCUCCCAGCCGACACCCAAUGUGGAGGGCAGAAAGUCUAAAAGCAGGAGCGGGGAGCCUCAGCCAAGCUGCUGAGCCCUGCCCCCCCCCCACCCUCGUCUGUCUGCUACCAUGCAGUGAGCGCGUGGUGAGUGAGCGGGAGGAUGAUGGGAUGGUGGGGUGGGGGGGCGGUCGGUCCUGUCUCCAUGGGAACCUAAAACAUGGUGUAACAGAUGUCGUCCAUCCUGCUGUGCACUUCUUGCCUCCCCUGCUUCUCUAAGCCCGAAAGCUCCCCUCCACCCUCCCUCACUGUCCUGUCCGUCCCCUCACUGUCCCUGCGCUGCCAAGUGGGCCUGAUGGUCUGCAUGGCAUAUGGGCCGCUUUAUCGUGUUGCUCUGAGUGGAUGAACGCUUUGCUUGCCUUUUUUUUUUUUUUUUUUUUUUGUGUCCCCAAAUCCCCUCAAACAAGAGGAGUCACUGUGUCCCUCCUUCAUACGCUGUCGCUGAGUGUGUCGUACUGCUGAACAAGUUGCUGUUUUCAGGAUGCUUCUAUCAUUGCUGCAUGGCUUUGGUGUAGCGCUGAAAUCCUUCCCCCUUUGCAUGUAGAUCCAGUCUGGCUGCUUCCCGUCUAUCCCCCCGUGUUAAAUCACUGUCUUCUUCACUGAUACAACUUCUGACUUUUAACCUUCUUCUUUCUCUCUCUUUUUUUUUUACUUUAAUUUUGUUCUGUUUUCUUUAUUUUUAUUCUUUCCGCUCCUCUUGCUUGCUUGGGACUCAGAGAGAAAGGUGGCCUUGGAGCUGUGUGUCUGAAGCCUAGUAGAGUUAAUCUGCUGAGACCGUCUACAGUGAGAAAAGAUUGUAUAUCCCAGUUUCUUCCCUUUUUUUUUUUGUUGUUUUUUUAAAACCCAGGACACUUGAGUAGAGAAAAGUGGCUUCCUUCUCUGUUUUGUUUUUCUUCCUUGAAUCAAGGAAACAACAUAAAAAUACUAGAAAAUGUUGCAGUGACAGUUUUGUUUUGUUUUUUUUCCAUAAAGACUGCUGUGGCAGCUCGCACUGCCGUGUGUCCUUUAGACGUGCACUAGUCUCUGCAGACUAAGAUAAAAGUGCCAAUGUUCACACAACAGCCAAAAGGGCGAUUUUAAACCAUGACUCCACUUUGGAUCUUCUGCGCAACUUCAAAAUCGGAUGGACCUUAUUCUGCCCAACGCCAUGAUCGUUAAAAAAAUCUUUGGAUACGGGCAGAACGCACAACAUAAAGCAUGUCAGCACAAAAACAUUUCCAGCUGCUGAAGAAUCACAAUCUGCAUGGAGCAAUCAAACAGCCAAUCAUCCCACUUCCUUUAUCCAAUCAAAGAGGAGGACAGUGCUCGGUGGGAGUUUGACCCGCCAGGAUGCCAAAUGGACUUUGAAGCCAUGACAGCUCGGCGAUCGGCGCCCGUCGCCUGCCGAUCCCGAGUGAAGGUUGUGUGAUCUGAGAGAGAGAGACUGAUCAUGGGAGCGUUCCAGGUCACCUAUAGGACAGGUGGCAGCCAUGAAAGACACCCCGAAACAAACCCUUCACGCCGCUCAUCCUCGCUUAAAAUCGUAUUUCAUCACUGACCAAAUGGCUCUGAUUCAUCUCAUGUGUCACCUCCCAUCCCGCUCUGGUAAAGAAAAUCUAACGGUAAACGCACACAUACAGCACCGCGCAUCCACUUUCCUGUUUGUAAAUCUGACUUGGAGUAUAGGUGACCUGUGACCUGCCCGGUUUAAAUACAGAACAUGUGCAGAUAUCUGUUGUUGUGUUGAACAUGAUGGUGGUGAUGAGACCCAGUGUUUUCCUCCUUUUCCACUUUUACAUGAAUCCAUUUGAUGUAAUUAAAAUUCAUCAAGACUA